AUGGGAGUGCCGGCGUUAUUCCGAUGGCUCUCACGCAAAUACCCCAAGAUCAUAUCGCCGGUGGUCGAGGAGGAUGUCGACGUGGAGUUUGGCAAAGGCAACUACGCCGACCCCAACCCCAACGGCGAAAUCGAUAACUUAUACUUGGACAUGAACGGGAUUGUCCACCCCUGUUCCCACCCAGAGCAUAAGCCGCCGCCUGAGACUGAAGACGAGAUGUUUUUGGAUAUUUUUGAGUAUACUGACCGGGUUUUAAUGAUGGCAAGACCCCGAAAAGUGCUCAUGAUCGCUGUCGAUGGCGUGGCGCCUAGAGCGAAAAUGAACCAGCAACGAGCGCGGCGGUUCCGGUCAGCGAUGGAUGCUAAGCUUAAGGAUGAAGAGAAGCAGCGGGAAAUCGCUGAUCGUGAAGCUAGGGGUGAAAUCAUCGAUCAAGCAGUGAAAAAGAAACUGUGGGACUCUAACGCAAUUACCCCAGGCACACCGUUUAUGGACCGCUUAGCGCAGGCAUUACGCUACUGGGUGGCCUACAAGCUUAGUAGCGACCCCGGUUGGAAAGAUUUGCAGGUGAUUAUCCUGGACGCCACUGUCCCCGGUGAAGGUGAACAUAAGCUUAUGUCUUUUAUCCGUUCCCAGCGGUCUGACCCGCUGUAUGACCCCAACACCAAACACUGCAUUUAUGGGUUAGAUGCCGACUUGAUUUUCUUGGGUUUAGCCACCCAUGAGCCUCAUUUCCGUGUAAUUCGUGAAGACGUGUUUGCUGAUCGUGGUCGUCAAUUGGGCACUAAAGAUCAGCUUUCCAUGAGUGAUGCCGAUAAGCAGGCCCUCCAGGAGAAGGAUAAGAAGAAGCCGUUUGUGUGGCUUCACGUCAACGUGCUCCGGGAGUACUUGGAAGUGGAGCUCUAUAACCCGCAACUACCGUUCCCCUUUGACUUGGAGCGGGCCAUCGACGAUUGGGUGUUUAUGUGUUUCUUUGUUGGUAAUGAUUUCUUACCUCACUUGCCGCUGUUGGACGUUAGAGACAACGGGAUCGAUAUCCUCGUCAACCAAUGGAAACGCGUACUUCCACGGCUUAAAGGGUACAUCACCUGUGAUGGUACCCUUAACUUAGCCGCAGUGGAAACACUUAUGCAGCUGGUAACCUAUAAAGAAGACGAGAUUUUCCGCCGUCGUUUCGAACAAGAACAACGCCGUGAAGAAGGGUUUAAACGCCGUAAAGCUCGUGAAGAAGAAGAGAAAGCAUUGAGAAAACAGUACAUGAGCACUGUCUCCAAGGGUAAGGAGAAGGCGCCGUUGGAGGCUCAGACAAACAUGCCAUUGAUGUCGACUCUGGGGGAACUUGUCGAUGGCUUUGCCCAAUUACUGAAUAAGGAUAUUGUUCACAACCAAGGGACUAUCACCAAAGCGAAUAUGGGUAACGCUGAGGCUGCUGCCGCCUUGAAACUGUUACUUGAUCGCAAAGCUGCCGGCGAAACUGAAGAUGCUACCCCGGCAGAAACCCCCACUGAAGCGGGCGACACUGAGACUGAAGCUACUGAAACCGCCACCGAAUCGGAAGCUGGCGAAGCUAGGGGUACCAAGCGUCAGCUUGAACAAGAUCUGGACGACGAUGACCCUAAUGCUGAUAAAGUGAGACUUUACGAAGCCGGCUACCGUAAACGGUAUUACGAGGAGAAGUUCGGGUGCACCACCGAUGAAGAGAUCGAGGAAACGCGUAAGCUGGUGGUGAGACUGUAUCUUGAAGGUAUCUCGUGGGUGCUUUUAUACUACUACCAAGGGUGUCCGCUGUGGAACUGGUACUACCCCUACCACUACGCGCCAUUUGCUGCUGACUUCCAUGAUAUUGCCGACAUCGUGGGACCCGAGGGUAUCGUAUUCAUCCAGGGCGAACCUUUCAGACCGUUUGAACAACUUAUGUCGGUGCUUCCCGCAGCCUCCGGGCACAACCUUCCCGAAGUGUUUCGGGGACUUAUGCUGGAGCCCGAGCUGGAGAUCAUUGAUUUCUACCCCGAAGAAUUCCAAAUUGAUAUGAACGGAGCCAAAAUGUCGUGGCAAGGGAUCGCGUUGCUUCCCUUCAUUGACGAAGUCAGACUUCUCAAGGCGGUGCAAAGUGUAUACCCUCAGCUCACCGAUGAUGAGACUAACCGCAAUACCAAUAAGGAAGCGGUGCUUUUUGUGUCUCCGCACAAUAAGAACUACAAAAAGUUCGUCGAAAGCUUAUACAACAACGACGAGAAGCAGGUAUCCUUCCCUUACUACCGGUCUCACUUGGCAGGGACAGUGUGGAAGAACCACCACACUUUGAGUGGCACAUUAGCGUUCCCCUUAGCGGAAGGGAACAUGCCUGAUAUCAGCCAUACCGAAUUCUUCCAGGCGUUCUAUCUGUUCCCUCCGAAGAAGAAGGGGAAGCUGAUGUUGCUUAACGGGUACAUCACCCACAACAAAGCUCUCACUCAAGAAGACAAGGAUGCGCUUAUCUAUAACGAGAGAGGCGGUCCCGGAAGAUACCUGAGGUUCAGUGCCCCUAAGGAAAGCGACUACGUCAACACUGGCCCCAUGGGCGAUAAGUUUUACAUGACUUAUAGCAUGUACCGCGGCGGUUACCGGGCGAUGUUGAACCAAUUGGAGAAUAAGCCACAAGGCGGAGACCAAGGACACCAGAGACAAUCAGCGACUUAUCGUGGUUCAGGACCCGGUAGAGGCCGUGGAGGGUACAGAGGGCGUGGUGGCGGCGGCGGCGGUUACCGCGGUGGUCGUGGCGGUUACCAAGAAGGUGGAUACCAAGGCGGUGGAUACCAAGGUGGUGGAUACCAAGGAGGUGGGUACCAGGGUGGUAACCGUGGAGGCUACCAAGGAGGUAAUCGCGGUGGGUACCAAGGCGGUAACCGAGGUGGCUAUCAAAGCGGUUAUAACAACAACUACAACAACAACAACCAAGGCUACAACCAAGGGGGCCACCAAGGGUACAGCCUGGGAUACUCCAACAACAACAACAACAACCAGUCCUCGUCCCACAGCUCGUCGCGAGGCUAUAACGACAUUAACGACCGCUACCAACGUUGA